AUGGGCCAAGCCAUGUCGGACGAGCCUCCCCGACAGCAAUCGCGGGAGGAGCUCACAAAGCGACUCGCGGUCACCUUCAAGGACAAGUGCUUCAGCUCUCUGGAAUUCUACCUGCUCAAGGCAGCCUUUGAAAGCCUGGCAGAUCGUCAGGGUAACGUGCGCUACCUGAAAGAGGACAGUGUCGCGCGGUUCCUCGAAAUCCCCGACAUCAUUGGGGCUGCCCCCGUCAUCUUCCAGAUGAUCUCGUACAUCGGGGCCUUUCCCUUCCUCCACGAUGCCCCUGCUGUGCUGGAACUCCCCCAGCUCAUCAUAGUGCUGGUGAUCAUGACGGAGCGGUACCGCAAGGUCUUGGCCAGAGGUGCCUCCGACAGGAACAGACUCUUCUUCAAGGCGCUCGCCGUGCACGACAAGAAGGUGGCCGAGACUGGAAGCUCCGCCGACGAGGCAGCUAAACAGGCUUCAUCUUCAAAUGCCGGGUUCGGAAUCGACCAAGCGGCAAACGACGAUGACGACGAAGAUGACGAAGACCUGGUCCUCACCGCCUUCGAGCUGCUGGACAUUGAUGAUGCCUUCAAGCAGGGAGACCCGCCACCCUCGCACGGCGCCAUGAUCCCGCCCGACAACUUCCGGAAGAUCCUCAUGCUCCUCCUCCUCGCGGCACCCAUGGCCGGGGACGAACGUCUCUCCCAGUACUCCGACCACGCCUCCGGGGAGAGUCUGGAAGCGCUCCGGGCUACGGCCGAGUCUAUCCUCGCGGCCUUUGUUGACGUGGAGACCUCUCCGGGCAUCAGGUACAGCCGCUUCAAGAGCGUGGUACCGACCCUGCUCCCAAACCUGUUCAGAGGUUUCAACGGCAUAUUUGAGCAUUUCCUGUUCGCCCAGGACCUCGGUCUCUCCAAGCACAAGGGCGACGAGGAGAAACCGGAGCCGGCCAAGGCCGUACAGCCGCUCCUUCCGCAAGUGGGCGAGAUCCUUAAUGAGCACUCCCUUGCGCAGCUGUCAUUCUUCAUCCCGGGCGACUCCCUCUUCCGUCGCGUGAGGCCGCUAUACUCGGGUAACGAAGCGGGCUUUUCCAUGGGCAGCUUCGAGACCAAGGUGUUCAACUGGCGGGCGCCUACGCUGGUUCUCGUCCGGGGCACACGGAUCAGCAGCGUCCCCGACGGCGGGCGGGAGUCGGCCUUUGCCGACAUGCUACCACCCAAGCGCUUUCCCGACGGCAGCAAGUCGGACCGUCUCACAUUCGGCGUCUAUAUCAGGGAGCCGUGGAAGCAUACGCACAGGGAAUGCUUUGGCGACUCGGACACGGUGCUCUUCCAGCUCGAGCCCGUCCACGACGUCUUUGCUGCCUCGACCCUCAACACCGACUAUGUCACCUUUACCAAGCCGCCGGCCAACGACCCGUGCCUGUCCUUUGGUGGUGCGCACCCGCACCCGACCAAAUCGGGCCGCAGGAACGGCGUCCUCCCUAUGGGGUCUGUAUCGCUCACCCUCGACGGCUCGUUCGAGUUCGGCGUCUUCAACCACGACUUCACCUCGCGCGGAGGCGCCUUCCAAACCAGCUCCAUCCGACAAUUCAACUUUCAGGACCGGUUCCAGGUCGAAAGUCUCGAGGUCUGGGGCUGCGGCGGCGACAAGGAGGCAAAAGCCCAGGCUGACAGGUGGGCUUGGGAAGCCAAGGAAGCCGAAGCUCGUCGCAAGAUCAACCUGGGAUCGGGGGAUAUAGAGGCAGACCGAGCGCUGCUGGAGAUGGCUGGACUUGUCGGAGGCGGCAAUCGCAGCGGCGGAUCCAUGGCUUGA